GUGGGGGUUUUGUGGGGUUCCUCUCCCGAAACUGUCAGGGAGUCUCCGUGGGCCAGGGGAGCGACUGUCUCUGUCCUGCCGCGUGUGCCCACCGCGGGGGAAGGAGGCUCUCGGGUGCUGGAGGAAAGGCAACCCGCACACCCCCCGCCCCACCCGUUCCUACCCGCGGGAGGAGUUGCCGGUUGCGUGGAGGGGCCUGGGCAGGGGCAGAAUCCCACGGCUUGGGGAGAAAGGGUCUCUUUAUGAGUGGGGGGGUGAAGAUGGCGUUUCCAGUAAGGUGGAGAUAGAGGGGACACGUCCCUUGGGUGUGCGACUUCAGCCGUGCAGGUAUGUGGCUCCAGUGCUGUGUAUCUAUGAUAGGAAGUUGUGAGAAAUAGGAAAUUAAUUGGUACUCGUAGGUAAAGUACAGGGGCUUGAAUUGUUUUACAGUCUAUAGUCUGUAGUCUGUUUUACAGUCUAGAGACAAAUACACAUGUAUGUGCACACACACAUGCACACGUAUAUACAUGUGUAUGUGUUUAGUGUUAAGAAAUUUGGAAAGUUUUCUAAACCACUGAGUUCUAGUAACUUGUGGUGUCACAUUUGGCCUUUUAAGUUGGUCACUUCUAGCCUGAAAGUGUUGGGUGUUACUUCAGUGUCCUGUGUGGAAAGUUUUGCAUGUCUCAAAGUUUAUAAGGUUCAAAGAGAUUUGAUUAUUGAGGGUUAUCAAGUGCUUGGAUGUUCUUUUGCUGCUUCACAUAUUUGCAAUUUCUCCUGGUUUUUUUUUUUUUUUUGGUUACAAAACUGUUUGUGCAGGCUUUUUGUCAGAUCAGUUUAGGCUCUUCCUGCUUUCUGUAUGAAAUGCAUGCCUCUGAGAAACCAGUUCAAGAAAUUCUGGUUUAUUACCCCUACAUCCUCUGGAAUGUUCUGAAAAUAUUGUCUUUGGUGUUUUUCAAAAUAAUACUGUGUAUUUUCUUCCAGAGUGUCACAGAAGAAUUAAGUCCAUGGAUGAAAAGCUUUGAAUUAAAAAAAAAAAAGUUGAGAUGAGCCUUUAUGUUUAAGGAGCAUCCCAUGUAUGUGUCCUCCAUUAUAGAUUGGUUUUGUUUAUACAGAAUGAACAAUUAAGCAUGUGGUAGCUAUGUUGUUAAGAGUUGUUUUAGUUCUAAUAAUAAUCUUUUAACUGUGCUGUUAAAAGAUAUUAUUAGUUAUUUUGGGGUAGGAUACUUGUGAAGUUUUCUAUUAAUUCUUUUAGUGGCAGAUCAGAUCAGAUCAGAUCAGAAUCUCAACUGUGGUACUUAUCAUGUGUCUCAUAAAGGUGCUCUGAAAUUCAUAAAAUUCUUUUGUGACAACUGGAAUAGAAACAGAAACUUUGUAUCCUUUCAGUAGCAUUACUAUUUCUUUUGAAGCUAUACUUGUAGACAGGUUAUAAUGUGUUUAAGGGAAUACAGAAGCUGUGCAGAACCCAAGAUACGUGGUGGAAACACAUAGGAUGCUUUAGAAGUGUGUCAGGUGACUUUCUGCAAAAGCUUGGAAAUAAAACAUUUCAUAAACCAGUUCUGGGGGAAAAUCUAUUGAAUUUCUUUCAGUCAGCUGAUCUGGCUGAUUUGAUCUUGUUACUCUGCUGUCACUGUAGAAAAUCAAGACUGAACACUUGAAAAUGUUACAAUAAAGUAGACUAAGAGUUUGUAAUUAUCCUAGCCUAAUAGUAAUGCCAAGAAUGGCAGAAAUUAAUUGCUAUGGUAUGAAAGAUUUCUGCUACUAAGAGGCUGUAAAGUACAGCCUUUAGUCGCUGCAGCUGUCCUGCUCUUACAUCUGCUGUCCACUUACAUGAUUCAGAGGAGGUCAUCUCAAAGCUUUAUAUUUGAGAUACAGGUAAGUUUUCUUGUCAAGAACCGUUCUACACUUACUUUAAUAGCUUUCGUUUCUUUUUUCCCAUAUGGCCAUUUAAUAUAGGUAGCGUGGCCUUUUUAGCUUUUGUCAUGUAAUGAACUGCCAGGACUGAAAUAAUUCUGGAUUAAAUUCCUGAACUCUUUGGGUGACACCGUGAGAAUAAGUUGAAGCAUUUCCACUGAAACUCUUAAGUGGAGCUACUAAGCUCUGAGCUACGAAGUGGCUGUGGGCAUGAUGUUUUGAAAAGCAUGCAUGUUGAUAGCCUUUCACUCUAUAACUACUGUUCUAAAUUACGAUACCGGCUUACAAGAAAGUUUAAGGAUGUCUUGUAUUUUAUAAAAUAAAUAUUUUCUUUACUUCUUGCUUUGGAACUGUUGUUGUUUGGUACAUGUAUGUAGUAAGUCAGUAAUUACUAAGUGGAAGUUUGUUUUGAUAGUAGCAUUUGGAGAUGCAGUUGAUUUAAGACUGUCAGUAUUCCUGAGAGGUUAUUAAUCUAAACCCUGAUCUCUUUUUGUCAGUGCUACCAAAGAUGUUCAGUGAUGUUUAAAGUUCUCUGAUUUGCUGGGUUAGGUUUGCUGUUCUAUUUAAGGGAAAUGGGGAGGAAAACCUUCUCAGGGCAGUUUGACUGCAGUUGGUUAGAAGCCAAGCAGAAGGUGCCCAUGUCUUCUAGCUUAUACAAGACUUAUUUGGAAACUCUGUCUUGAAAUAGUUUUGCAUUACUUACACCACCCUUUUUAAAAUACAAGCUUGCUGUAUUAGACUGCAAGUUUAGGUGGUAAGUGAAAGUCUUACAAGCAGUACAAGAGAAAAAAGAAUCAGGUUAUUCUGUGUUAAAAGCAAUCUUACCUAUUGUGAUAUGUAACACAUUUUCACUGCUAACUGAAGAAACACUAUAAAUAGUGGUUUGUUCUAUAAUUGCUCUGAAGAGCCUAGAGAAAACUUGCUGCUUUUAUUGAAAUUCAUAGAAUCAUAGGAUGUUUGGGUUGGAAGGAACCUUAAACAUAAUUUUGUUCCAAUUUCUCUGCUGCGGACAGGGACACCUCCCGCUAGACCCAGUUCUCAGGGCAGCAUCCAAAUUGGCCUUGCACACCUCUAGGGAUGGAGUGUCCACAGCUUCUCUGGGCAACCUGUUCCAAUGCCUCACCACCCUUACAGCAAAGAAUUUCCUUGCGGUGUCUAAUCUAAACCUCCUGUCUUUCACUUUGAAGCCAUUCCACCUUGUCCUGUCAGUAAAUGCUCUUGUAAAAAGUCCUUGUCUUUUCUUGUAGACUCCCUUCAAGUACUGGAAGGCUGCUGUUAGGUCGCCCUAAAGCUUUCUCUUUUCAAGGCUGAGCAACCCCAGUUUGCUCAGCCUUUCCUUGUAGGAGAUGCCCUAGCCCUCUGAUCAUCUUGAUGGCUUUCUCUGUACUCGCUGCAACAGGUCUGUGUCCUUCCUGUGCUGCGGGCCCAGAGCUGGAUCCCGGGUUAGGGUUAGAGCCACAUGGGGUCUCACCAGAGCAGAGCAGAGGGGCAGAAUGUCCUCCCUGGCCCUACUGGCCGCCACCAGCAGCCCCAAGUCCUUCUCCCCAGGGCAGCUCUUCAUCUGUUUAUCCUGCCAGCUUGAUUGGCUCACCAAGGCUUCCCGGUCUGGAUGCAGCUCUGAGCUCUUGCUCAGCAGUCCAUUGCUCCCUCCCUCAGGAGCUUGGGAACCCCCCUGUACAUCCUGAUCUAGUGCUCAACCCCGCACUUACCUCAGUCACUGCUGGUGAUGCUGCCUCAUUGUCUGACUGAAAAUUAGCUUUUCUCAAUAAUGAGAUGAAUAAGUGCAUCUAUACAUAAAUCAACAGAAUAUGAAAUUGAAAUACUCAGUGUGGUGAAAACUAAUUGGACUGAAAACCUCAUGUGCUACUGGUAGUUUCACUGAAGUUUGUAGAGACCUGAAGUUUUGCAAUCAUACUGAAGAGCCAGCAUUGUAGGAACAAAUAAACCAGCAGUGAGUUCUUCAAUGACAUUAUUUUCUUUCCAUGUCUGCCUUUUCUUUUUUCUCUUUAAUCAGAAACAAUACUUUAGACUUGGAACUUCACACUAUAUGUAGGAACUUAAGGGUCUCUUUAUUCCUUUGACAAACACAACACAUACUUUCCAAAAGUAGGGGGUGGUACAGAUCAUUAAAAGUAGGGGGAAUGACAAACUCUGGUGAGCUCAAGUUACUUGUUCUUUGUGCCAGAAAAUGAGUGUUCUCACAGUUAUGACUGCCUCUUUCAAAUCACAGUUUUAAGUUGAUGGAGCCGGUGGGGGAAAUUGUUGAGGAGGUGGGGAUGAGAACUGGAGUAAAUCAAGGUAUGUAUGGUAGCAUUAUGAUAGUGCAGGGAUUGUAAGGAAGAAAUAUGCAAGAGUGAUAAUCAGGGGUUUUUUUUUUGUCAUUUUGUUGCCAAUAGAAGAACUUAAACUAGCUCUGACACUAUUUUUCAUAUUUGCAAAGUGGCGUGGAGAAGACUUACUCUCCCUGCAGACAUCUAUAUCGGAUGAUCUUAAGAGAUAACUAUUUUGUAUUCUGAAUUUUUAACUGACAGUAACUUAGAACUUUGUCUACAUUAAAAAGGUUUGUGUUCUGGCAGCAGUAAGGAUCCUUCUUGUUUUGAUACUGAGACUGUCCUUUUUGCUGGAAACUGUUGCUUUAUGAAUAGCACUAAGUUCAUUUUGAUUUAAGACAGAAGGCAUUCUGUGUAUGUUUGGUGUCAAUGAGAAAAUGCUGUGCAGUACCUGAGUAAUUAGGAGAGGAAAAGUUAAUUUUUUAGGUUCAUGGAAUGAGUUUGAUGUUACUUGCUAACUUGCAAAUCACUGUUUUGUCAAGAUUUUCCCUUAAGAACUUUUUUUUCUCUCUACAUAACCAGACAGCAUACAAUGCCUUCUCUAGUUGAUUAUUAUCCAGUAACAUCACAAUUAUUAUAUAUAAUACAAUUUUUGUUUGAAUUAUGAUGAUACUAUACCAGUACAGGUCAUCUUUGUUAUUUUUUUACAAUAUGCAUGCAAACAUUACAGUUUUUGUAGUCAUGAAUGUCGUUUUUUCAUGCAAAUGUAUCAGUGCAGUGUUUGAUGAAUUUUCGGGGCAUGUGUUACACUGUAUAAUUUUUUCUGGUUUGUCGCUUGAAAGAGGAAGCUGAAAGAUACAGUACAGCUGGCUAAGUUAGAAAUUUUUUAUUUAUGAAUAAUUGUAUGUGACACUUACUGUUGUAUUUGAACUAUAGAGUAUAGAGAUUGGCAUAAUAAAGGCCAUGGGUCAGUUGAUUACUUAAUUAAAGGACAUUGCCAAAUUUAUUUUAACUGACUAGACAAAUGUUUUUACAAUAAAAAAAUAUUUGUUUUACUGAGCAAUGGCAAUCAGUAGAACAGAUUUGAGGAACUGGAUUUUUUGGGGUUUUUUUUGUUUUUUUUUCAACAUACUGUCCAUACAAAGUACCAUCUUUUGUUCCUCCAGAGUGACUUUUCCCAAAAUUUGUUUGAACAUGGAGACAUUUAGAAACUUAAGCUUUGUCUUGGCGCUAACAUCAAGGUGGUCUGGGAUCUUAACUCCUGCAUUUCAGAUGAUUAUAUUUCCUACUUUUUUGUUGUGAUAAUAACUGGAUAUUCUUUUAUUUACAUUUUUCCCCCUAAUAUAUAAAUUAAUUUCUGGACACAAGGACUCAGAUAUUGAUUUCAGGAUUCAAAAUAGGAAGAGGUCUCUGGAUGGCAGACUCUGAAAAGAAAUGCUGUUUUAAGAGGAAGCAAUUCAAGUUUUCUGCAAAGUCUGAGCAUUUAUGUUAUCUGACUGAACUGACAUCUUGACGCCAAAGAUGCUAACAAGGAAGAUUAAGCUUUGGGACAUUAAUGCCCAUAUAACCUGUCGUCUGUGCAAUGGAUACCUGAUCGAUGCUACUACUGUAACAGAAUGCUUGCAUACUUUCUGUAGAAGCUGCCUAGUGAAAUAUUUGGAGGAAAACAACACCUGUCCAACCUGUAGGAUUGUUAUACAUCAGAGCCACCCAUUACAGUAUAUUGGUCAUGACAGAACAAUGCAAGAUAUUGUUUACAAACUUGUGCCAGGCCUCCAAGAAGCGGAAAUGAAAAAACAAAGGGAGUUUUAUCACAAACUGGGCAUGGAAGUUCCAGGGGAUAUCAAAGGGGAGACGUGUUCUACAAAACAGCACCUAGAUUCUCAUCGAAAUGGUGAAACUAAAGCAGAUGAAAAUAUAAAUAAAGAAACUUCAGAAGAAAAACAGGAAGAAGAUAAUGACUACCACCGAAGUGAUGAACAGGUAAGCAUCUGCUUGGAGUGCAAUAGCAGCAAACUGCGUGGAUUGAAACGAAAAUGGAUUCGUUGCUCUGCACAAGCAACAGUCUUGCAUCUAAAGAAGUUCAUUGCCAAAAAACUCAACCUUUCUUCUUUUAAUGAGCUGGACAUAUUAUGCAAUGAAGAGAUUCUUGGCAAGGACCAUACGCUGAAGUUUGUAGUUGUUACUAGAUGGAGAUUUAAGAAAGCACCUCUACUGCUACAUUAUAGACCCAAAAUGGACUUGCUGUAAGGGAACUUAAGUGUCCUUCUGGACAGAGCUUUUUGCAGAGACUAUCAUCUGGCACCUUCUUAGUGCAUCACUAAUCACAUGACACAAACCAGCUGAAUAAUUUUGGAAGACUGGAGGGCUUUCAUAGUGGGCUGUCCUGAAUAUUUCUUCUAGGGAUGUGUUACCUAGACUUCUGGGCAGACAAUAUUUAUACUUUUUUUGUAUGGAAGAAAGAAGUUUCAACUCAGCAAGACACUACCAGCAUUAAGUUUACAGAUACUGAAAACACUUCACAGUUCCAUGUAGCUCAGCCUGAUUUGUCUCUUACAGUUACACACAGAAAACAAGUUUGAGUGUUGUGGGGUGAUAUAAAUAUGUUGCUUUUGACACCAAGUUGCUUUAGUUACUUCUUGCAUUCUAAAUCUUUAAAAACUAUAUUUUUGCAAAGUGUUAUUGUCUUAUAUAGUGUGCCUGAUUGCAUUGGCUUUAUUCAAGUUAUUCUGUAGAGCACUGAACAUACCUGAUAAUACAGUGACUGGUGAUAAUUUAUUAUGCUGCAUUGAAAACUUAAGAAAAUCUGGGAAACCAGUAAAUUUGUCAUUUUUGCCCAGUUAUUGCUCUCCCUCACCUUGUGUUUUAAUAAAGUUUUGAUACUUCUGUAUACGUGUUAAUUUGGUAAGACUAAUAGAAAUAAGUUCAGUUGAUUUUAAUGUGCUGUGAUAUAUAUUUUGCUAUGGUAUAAAUUGCACCACAUAAUGACAAAUACUCACAAGUACUAGAUUUGUGAAUUUCUUAAAAAAUAAACAUUUCUUAUGUAUUUGUGGCUUGCAGAAAUCAGUUUUUAAUUUAGAGAGAAUUUGCUAUCACUAGCCAUUGAAACAGUGGCUCUUGGACAACUGUGAGAGUAUUGCAGAUUUUUCACUUCACUGAUUAAAACUUACAGGCAGCUUUAAAUUUCUUUAGCUGUUUUCUUAUGAAACCAUAGUGAUAAUGGGACCCCAGAAAAUGCUAAAGAUAGAUUCUGAAAAUGUUAGGCUUUGUGUUUUCUCAGAUCACUGCACCUGCAUAAGCAGUAUGAUAAAUGAUAUAAUUGUUAGAUGUGAUGAUUGUUUAUAAUUAAAUAUAAUUAUUAUAUAAUCAUAGGAAGAAUCAUGAGAAACUAUGUUGGAAACUUAAGGGGCUAUGCUUAGCUAAAAAUCUGUGUAUACAAUAGAACAAUAUAAGUUUAAUAAUUAACAUGGAAGUUAUAUAACGAUAGAAUAUAAAAACCCAUUCCUCUCGAAUGUAUGGCGGAAUCAGAUCUGAGGUGAAAAGCACUCCUGAUUCUCAGAGCUCUUAAUAAAAGCACCUACAUCUAAUUGCCUAUGUGAUUAUAUGUUUUCGAACGCUAACAAUAGCAUUUUCUGUACUGCAAUUCCAGACUUAUAUGGGGUGGGGAGGAAGGGGGAGUCAAGACAAGAUUAUUUUAGCACCUUUUGGCCUUAACUAGUAAUUUUGCUUGCAUCAGCCUUAAUGGAUGCAAGGUAAUACACAUUCAUGUAUGUAUGGGUACAUACAUCUAUAUACACAUAUAAGUAUAUAUGUUAUAGAAAGCACCCUCAAUGGCACUUAGCAGGGCUCACUGCACUUUUUGUAAGGUUUUUGCAAAUAAUUGGGUUUUUAAAAAACUGUGGUUGAAAGUGAUUUCUGCAAGCUAUAUCCACUAUGUAUCAUCCAUAGUACAAUUGUGAGAACAUUUGUCUGGCGCAGGUGUGAAGUCACUGAAAACGGUGUAUGCCCUACUAUAGCCAGCUGGAAAUAGUUAACCUAAUUUUUGGAAGAGUUUUCCUGUCAGCUGAAAAUGUUAGUCGCUAUUCCUAUUAUUAAACCCUGUUAUUUUUUGAUAAAUUGUCUUUUGAUAAGAAGCCCUGCUUCCUCUUGCUGUGCUCCUUUGCUUCUUCUGCUAGAAGGCAUUACUUAGUAACCGGAAGCUGAUACUGCAAGAGAUUUAUCUAAGCAUUUUAAAUAUUCUUCCUCUUGAGUUUUCAAAGUGCUACAUUCCUCAGCACAUUUCCCUUAAUUUCCCUCUCUGGAGUCUUCAGUUCUCCUUUCCCAGCUCUGCUGCUGCUUGUGCUUACCUUUGACAACAGGGCUCCUUAUUUUGAUUACAGUCACAGAUGUGAGUAGGAAGGAAAUGAAAAAGAAAUUACGUGAGCAGAGAAUGAAAGGGAGCCUCCUGAAUUGUGGAGAUGGAAAGGAGAGCCACACAAAGGCCAGAACAUGCUGCUGUCCAUGCAGGUGAAAGUGUUCAGAUAGCUGCAUUUGAAUGUUUAGGUCACACAGAACUCCACAUCUGGUUCUUGUGUAGUGUUUGUGCAUGUCUGUGAUUCAUGCAAUCAAAUUUGGCUCUGAUUUUGUCUUGCUGUUUGUGUAUUUUCAGCUUUUCUUCUGUCUUUAGCAUUACUUGAUCUGGCAGAAAAGAACAAACAAGAUCAUAUGUCUACCAUUUUUAAAACGUUCCAUGAAAGCAGUCAAUGCAGGUGGUAUGGAUGUGUACACAAGCUGACAUACUGGGCCUCUCUGGGGCUGUUUCUUACAUGAUUGUUACUGUUCUAGUGUGAAUAGGAGGCUGGCUUUGCCACUGAGGCCCUGAGAAUGUGAACAGGAUUGUACGGAUCCCAGCUGUUUGCACUCAGAGUAUACACACAGUGGCUGUACCUGAUGUAGACAUUAAACUAAAGCUGCCAGACAGCAUUCUGAUUAACCACCUUAAUCACAAUAUAUAUAUAUAUAUUUAUAUAUAUAUAUACACACAAACAAAAAAAUAUAUAUACAUAUACACAUAUAAAUGAGAUCUGUCUACCUCAAGUGUGUGUACUGCAGGAAACUUUUGUAUGACUAGAUAUUGAUGCAGUGCUGUUAAAGUACAUUGGGAUUUCAUUUCUUCCUUGUGUACUUGAGCAACUGAGAAAUUAAUUACAAACAGGCAAAUUCAGAAGCCUUUCAAAUCUGUCUCUUGCUGUAACAACUUACAACAGAAAACUUAUAACUUCCUAAUCAUCUUUAAAAUCACUUGAAUUUGUUAUGGUGCUAUCAGUAUAUAGAAAAUUCUGUUUAUAUGGAUACAUAAAUUCAAGCCAGUAUUAAUACCUAUAGCUGGGGUUUUUGCUUGUAAUUGUGUGUAACUGCUUUUGCAAUGUGUUUAAUCUGAUAAAACUGCACCAUUAAAAAAAAAAAAACAAAAAACAAAAAAACCAAAACAACAAAAAAAAACCAAACAAAGAAAACCAAACAAAAAACCCCCAAACCAACAAAAAAAACUCCAGAGCUACUCAGUUGUUUUUCUAAAUCACAUGUGAUAACAUCUUCACUUCAAAAAUUGCCCUCAGGAGUGGUGUGACUCUGUCUGUACCAUAUGUUAGUCUCACUAAAAGACUACACUGUAGAGCAAGGUCUUCUUUGGGUCUGAGCCUUGUUUAAUUUCUGUGACACUUAAGAGACAAUUUAUAUCAAGCUUAUAUUGGGUAAAGUAACCCUGAUACUGUUGAAAGUUGAACUAAAAUUUGGACACGGCCAUACAUAUUUCUUAGUCCUGAUGAGAUCAUGGUAGGUGAUUUUGGCUUUUGUGAAGAUGCCAUUACUGUGAAGUAGUUUUUGUAAUUUCUUACGCUGGUAAAUAGUUGCAGUAAGGAAGUAUCUUGUUGCAUUAUCCUCAGCAGCAGUGAGACUGAUGAAUCACCUGGGCUUAGAGUCUCAUUAAGUAUACUUUCAUUAAAAAUAAAGAAUUCAGAUAGAAUAUAUAAUAUUGAAUUUAAAUAAGAUUGGGGGUUUAAAUUUUAACUUUAUAAAAUUAUUUAUUCUAUUUUAAGCCUUCUGUCUUAUUUUACCAUCCAAGUAUGUUUGGUUUUAGUGGUCCAGCUUUAUUUACGGGCAUAUAAAUUGAAAUUGUAAGAUGUUUUUACAAGCUUCUUCCUUUUACAUUGAGUUUGAGUAGCUUUCAUCUGUAUGUUUUUGUUUUGUAUGGAUAAAGAGCAUUACUUAUGCUUUUGUGCAAUAGGUUUGAAACAUGCAUUUAUUAGGCUUAUGUUUAAAUUGUAAAUGUAGCAUCUACUUACCAUUAUGUUUAAAAGGAAUGUAGAUGGCUUUUCACACUUGUUCAAAUGGAGUUUUAUUUGGGGCUGUUAUUUGGGGGUGGACGUGUGUGUUUUAUGCUUUGUUCCAUUUUUUAUUUUAUGAGUGAAAUGGGGGAUUUAAAAUUUCUGUAAGUACAAGAACUAUCUGUCAGCAAUAUUUUAAAAUAAACGAUCUUGCAAGAAACCUUAAUGUGAAUUGUGGAAGCAAUUGACAAGACUUGCAGCCUAUCUGAAAAUGUUUUGUGCCAUUGUUAGGUCUGGUAUAUUCGUGUACCAUCACACCUGGGAAUAUUUUUUUCUAUGGUUGUGCAAUAGUAUACACAACACUGUCACUCAGGAGAUAUGGGACCGUAAAAAAUAUCAGACUACAGUUAUGAUGGUGCUAUUUUUUCCAGUAGGCUAUGAGCCUUUGAAAGCUUAUCUGGCUCUUAUUGUCUUUAUAACAACACAGUCCUAGGGGAUAUACAGAUUUUUUUUUUUCUACUAGAUGAUAAAUAUAACUUGCUGUUUUACAGCAUUCUGCAUAUUACAUUGAGAUAAAAAUAAUAGGAAAAAGCCAACCAGUCUGUACAUCAGUGAGAUGAAUCUUAGGUACACAUUUUGUACAGAAGGUUUACUGAACUGAAAAAUCAAGUUUCCGCUUUUCCUCAGGUAAUCACUUCAGUUUGGAUGUUUCACUGAAAACAUUAAUGCAACUUUAGUUAGUCUGCCUAAAGUUGGUAACAAAAAUUGUUCCUCACACGAAUCUCCCUACAUAAGAUACAAUUAGAUGUUACUUGGGUCUUGAGAUCCAUUUUUGAAUAAAAAGUUGCAGAGAACAAUACUAAAGAACAUGGAACAAUACUUCAAUCUCUGCUCUCAUCAAAACUUGCAGUCAGGACAAAAAUUACCUAGGAACUUGGGUCUUGUGGCAAAUCAACAGGUCAUGUUUUACCUGUUUAUUUAUAUACAAAUUAAAGGUAUGACUCUACUAUUUGUUCCAUAUUUUAUCCUACUUAAAGAGUUUUUUGGAAAUCUUUUGAAGCCACAAUGACCUGUCCAUGUCCUGGUCGUAGGGUAGGAACUACAUGUCCAAUUCUAUGAACAUUUACAUUGGUAACUUUAGUAAUAACCUGGAUGGUUCCACAGAAACCAGUGGGAUCAUUCAUUCAAACAGAGGUAUGGCUGAAGGAAGAAGUCCUGAGUUUUGAGUACUGAUAUUCCACUAUUUUUGUUAUUUCUGUUUGAAAUGGAAAGUAUUGGUUUGAUGGACUCUUUAAUUCAAGUGACUUAUCUGGACAAAAGGAAAGUUUGUUCUUUCCUUCUGCAAACAGGAUCAUUUUGCAGUUAAGGGACAAUUAGCCAGUGCAACCACUAAGCCUUUUAUCCUCAUAUGUGGCAUAAUAAAGAUUCUGGAACUGUCAAGAGUGUAAAACCAUAUUUUUGGCUUAGCUUCAUUUAAAAGUUUACAAUUUUUUAUGCUUUGUGUUGCUGUGUAAUUUCUGUACUACUGGUGGCUAGUUUUGUCUGAAUAAGCCUUUUGGGGAUUAAUGCUUAAUGUUUUGAUUUUAUGAUAGUGAAGCUUGUAUCCAGUGUUUUGCCAAUGAAUAUUAUAUGCUUGUUAAUAAAAGCACAGAAACUAACUGAAA